AUGCAAUAUAAUCUUGGUAGAUCAAGUGGAGGCGGAGAUAUUGAUAUUUAUUGUCCUUUUUUUGAUACUAUGGUUAAAAAAUCUCAUUAUACAUGUCAGGGUGUUAAGAUAUGUGAAAAUUUAGAUCCAGCAAUUAAAACUAAAAUUCAUUUGGAU